CACCUGACAUUAAUUACAACCAGCAAUGAACAAAGCGGCCUGCAUGGUUGUCUGCGAUGCUUUGAGCAAAAAAGUUGCAUAAACUCUUUAGAAUAUUCGAUGAACAGUGCUAAUUGAUAACAUUGGAGUCCUUAAGUCGUGAAUUACGUUUUCACGUAUCUGUGCGAGUGCGGCGUGUGGUAAAACGGCGUUGUUUGUUGUGCGUUCGUGCAGUGCAACCAAACCCACUCGGCAGCCAUUUUCUCUUGCGAAGGCAAGCGGCAGUGAAACUUCUUGGUGCGGUGUUAGCAGUACGUAGUGCUAUUAGCGAAUCGAUGGUUUGCUAAGAACUGUGCGAGUUUUGCAUCGUGAUUACUGCAGCUCGCUCAAAGGUUGCCAGUGACUAAGGUACAUAAAUGGCUAGUCCAACGCCACAGAACAGCCCAAUGCCUCCGCCACAAGCACCUUCGCAAAGCCCUGCACCAUCACCUUCACCGCACAGUCCUUACCAGCAGGCACCUCCGCCACAUCCUGGUCAAAGUCAGGGGCCGCCUCACAUGCCUACCCCUGGCCAUCAUGUACCGCCCCAAGCAGGACCCCCGCCUGGGCCACACAUGUCGAUGCAAGGGCCUCCGACACCCCACGGUGGCCAGCCACCUAAUCCUCACGGACCGCCGCCACCCCAGCACCCUUCCCAUAUGAAUGGACCACCACCGGGGCCGCAGGGAGCACCCGGGCAUGGACCGGGCGGACCACCGCAUCACAUGCCUCCAUCGGGACCGCAACACAUGCCGCAACAUCCACCCCAUCCUGUAAUGGGGCACCCGGUUCCCCCGCAUCCCGGAAUGGCUGGGCACCCGGCACAGGGCCCACCCUUGCCUCCUGGAAUGGUUCCAGGUGGUUAUCCGGGACACUCGAUGCCACCAAAUGCGGGACCGCCACCGCCAGGGCCGAUGCAGGGAGUUGGUGGUCCUGGACCGGGGCCUGUAAUGCCACCCGGUGCUGCCAAUCCCGGCAUGAUGCCCGGUUCGGCCCCACCACCACCCCCGGGACAAGAAAAUCUUAACGCUUUGCAACGGGCAAUCGACUCGAUGGAGGAAAAAGGACUGCAAGAAGAUCCACGCUAUUCGCAGCUGCUGGCAUUACGUGCUAAUUCCAAGCAACAAAAUCUAAACGCUCCGCAGCUGCAUCAACUGCGCGGACAAAUCAUGGCGUAUCGCUUGCUGGUACGUCAUCAGCCAAUAAGUAAGCAGCUAGCAUCGCAAAUUUUGGCCCAGCGAUCCGAUGGGACCCCUCCGCAAUGUCCAACACCUCCAGCCAGUCCGUACCCGAACGCUGCUGGAGGGCCCUCACCGCAGCCGGGAAUACCGCCGCAACCCUCGCAGCAACAGCAACCGCAACCACCACAUCAACAGCAAGGACAACCGCAACCGCAAGGACCUUCUACGGUUCCGAGUCACCCAGGAGCACCACAGUCUGCAAUGCAGGGCCCACCGGGCAAGCAAGGAGGGCCGCCCGGUCCGCCAGACGCGAUCGGUUCUAACAAACCACCACUGGGAACCGGUGGAGGAAUGCCUCCGAAUCAAAGUCCAAUGCCAGGCAUGACCAUGGGUGGACCCCCACAAGUGGGACACGGCCAGCACCACCAACAACAGCAACAGCAAAUGCAACAGCAGACACAUUCGGCAGCAUCACACGGUCAUCCCCAGCAGCAAAUGCUUCCCACAGUCGGACAACCUGCCCGUCCGAACUCGCAAGGGCCCGCUGGUGGGCCGGGUCCAAGACCGGCCGCCCAAGCACCGACGAUGCAACCGAUGCCGAAACAGAACCGCGUCACGACCGUUGCGAAGCCGGCCGGAUUGGAUCCUUUAACCAUAUUGCAAGAGCGUGAAAAUCGGUUGGCCGCCCGAAUUGCUCUUCGGCUGGAGGAGCUCAAUAAUUUGCCAGCCUCGAUGCCGGAAGAUCUGAGAAUGAAGGCCUUGAUUGAGCUGCGGGCGCUACGGGUUCUGAAUUUCCAGCGCCAGCUGCGGAGCGAAAUUGUCCAGUGCACACGACGCGAUACAACACUCGAAACGGCCGUCAACGUGAAAGCUUACAAGCGUACCAAACGGCAAGGUCUGCGCGAGGCACGUGCCACGGAGAAACUGGAGAAGCAGCAGAAGCUCGAGGCCGAACGCAAACGUCGCCAGAAGCAUCAGGAGUUCUUAGCGUCGGUAUUGCAGCAUGGUAAAGAUUUCAAAGAGUACCAUCGUAACAAUAUUGCCAAGCUGGGCCGCCUGAACAAAGCGGUAAUGAACUAUCAUGCCAACGCGGAAAGAGAGCAAAAGAAGGAACAGGAGCGUAUCGAGAAGGAACGUAUGCGUCGCUUGAUGGCGGAGGAUGAGGAAGGGUACCGUAAACUUAUCGAUCAGAAGAAGGACAAGCGGUUGGCAUUCCUGCUGUCGCAGACGGAUGAGUACAUCAGCAACCUUACGGAGAUGGUCAAACAACACAAGGUGGAUCAGAAAAAGAAGCAGGACGAUGAGAUCCAGCGCAAGAAACAGCUCAAGCGUCACAUUCUGGAAAGCGGCGAUAUCGAACAUUUGGACGAACACUGCGAAGCAUCAGAUUGUCGUGUAACGGUGAUGGAAACGGCAACAGGCAAGAUGAUUUCGGGAGAUGAUGCACCGUUCCUGCGCGAUCUGCACAGCUGGCUGCAGCUGCAUCCUGGCUGGGAGUACGUUAUCUCGGACGGCGACGCCGACGAUGACGAGGAGGAAUCGGAGGGAGGAAAGAAGAAAACUCCCGAGGAAGAGAUGAGCGAUGACGCCAAGACGAAGGAAGUUAUCCAAAAGGCGAAGGUUGAGGAUGACGAAUAUAAGACCGAAGAGCAGACGUACUAUAGCAUUGCACACACGGUUCACGAGAAGGUGACCGAGCAAGCAUCCAUCCUAGUGAAUGGAAAGCUGAAGGAGUACCAGAUCAAGGGUCUCGAGUGGCUGGUAUCACUGUUUAACAACAAUCUCAACGGCAUCUUGGCUGACGAAAUGGGUCUCGGUAAGACGAUCCAAACGAUCGCUCUCGUUACUUAUUUGAUGGAAAAGAAGAAAAAUAACGGUCCCUAUCUGGUUAUUGUACCGCUCUCGACACUCUCCAACUGGGUGUUGGAGUUCGAAAAAUGGGCCCCAGCAGUCGGUGUCGUCGCUUACAAGGGAUCUCCGGCGGGUCGCCGUGCUGUCCAAAAUCAGAUGAAAGCGACUAAGUUCAAUGUGCUGCUUACAACCUAUGAGUACGUAAUCAAGGAUAAGGCCGUGCUGGCGAAGAUUUCGUGGAAGUACAUGAUCAUCGAUGAGGGUCACCGAAUGAAGAAUCACCACUGCAAGCUAACACAGGUGCUCAACACGCACUACAAUGCACCGCACCGUUUGCUGCUCACGGGAACGCCUUUGCAGAACAAGCUUCCCGAGCUGUGGGCUCUGCUAAACUUUUUACUGCCAUCGAUUUUCAAAUCCUGUUCCACAUUCGAACAGUGGUUCAAUGCACCGUUCGCCACUACUGGCGAAAAGGUGGAACUAAAUGAGGAAGAAACGAUUCUCAUCAUUCGUCGUCUGCAUAAGGUGCUACGUCCAUUCUUGCUGCGCCGUUUGAAAAAGGAGGUCGAAUCGCAGCUCCCGGACAAGGUGGAGUACAUCGUCAAGUGUGACAUGUCCGGGUUGCAGCGCGUGCUCUACAAGCACAUGCAGAGCAAGGGAGUGUUGUUGACUGACGGCUCGGAGAAGGGCAACAAGGGCAAGGGAGGUGCGAAGGCUCUGAUGAACACGAUUGUCCAGCUGCGCAAACUCUGCAACCAUCCAUUCAUGUUCCAGCAUAUAGAGGAAAAGUAUUGCGACCACAUCGGUGUGCAGGGAACAGUCACUGGUCCGGAUCUGUACCGUGCAUCGGGCAAAUUUGAGCUGCUGGAUCGCAUCUUGCCCAAACUGAAAGCGACUGGGCAUCGGGUACUGCUCUUCUGUCAGAUGACACAGUGCAUGACUAUAAUAGAAGAUUAUCUUUCCUGGCGCGGCUUCGGGUAUCUGCGUCUUGAUGGUACUACCAAGUCCGAAGAGCGCGGAGAUUUGUUGAAAAAGUUCAAUUCGAAAAAUUCCGACUACUUCCUCUUCCUGCUCUCUACUCGAGCUGGCGGUUUAGGUUUGAAUUUGCAGACGGCAGAUACGGUCGUUAUUUUCGAUUCCGAUUGGAAUCCCCAUCAGGAUCUGCAGGCUCAAGAUCGUGCGCAUCGUAUCGGACAGCGAAAUGAGGUGCGCGUGCUGCGACUAAUGACGGUAAACUCAGUAGAGGAGCGUAUUUUGGCUGCCGCCCGGUACAAGCUCAACAUGGACGAAAAAGUCAUCCAAGCCGGUAUGUUCGAUCAGAAAUCUACCGGUAGCGAACGGCAGCAAUUUCUACAAAGCAUCCUGCACCAGGACGAGAUGGAUGAGGAGGAGGAAAAUGAGGUCCCAGAUGACGAGAUGAUCAAUCUGAUGAUUUCGCGAACGGACGAUGAGCUGGAACUGUUCAAAAAGAUGGACGCUGAGCGAAAGGCGGAGGAAGUGAAGCCGCGUCUGCUGGACGAAGCUGAACUGCCCGACUGGUUGGUGAAGGAUGAUGAAGAAGUCGACCGAUGGGACUACGAGGAAGAAACAUCUAUUCUGGGCCGGGGCUCGCGCCAGCGAAAGGAAGUUGAUUACACUGACAGCCUAACGGAGAAAGAGUGGCUCAAGGCCAUCGAUGAUGGGGCCGACUUUGAUGAGGAGCUUGAGGAGGAGGAACGAGAAAAGAAACGAAAGGGACGCAAACGAAAGGGUAGAGGAAGGGACGACUCGGAUGAUGAGAGCAUUGUUUCAACAAUGACAAAGCGCAAGAAGGGCAUAACCGAUCCGAAGAUAAGGAAGCAGAUGAAGAAGGUCCUAAAGGCAGUAAUCAAGUACACCGAUGCUGAUGGACGCGUUUUGAGCAAACCGUUCCUCAAGCUGCCUUCCAGGCGUGACCUGCCCGACUACUACGAAGUGAUCAAGAAACCGAUCGACAUCAAGAAGAUACUAGCCCGCAUCGAAGAAGCAAAAUAUGUCGACUUUGCCGACUUGGAGAAUGAUUUCUUCCUGCUGUGUCAGAAUGCUCAGACCUACAACGAAGAAGCGUCUCUGAUCUAUGAAGACAGUCUUGAGCUGCAGUCAGUGUUUAGCAAUGCAAAGGCAAAGAUCCUGGACAACCAUGAAGAAGAGGAAUCCAAUGAAGAAGAAGAGGAAGAAUCAGACGAGGAAGGCGGUAGCGUGAAGAUGAAGCUUAAAAUAUCGAAAGGAUCAACUUCUUCCACCUCCUCUGCGAAGAAAGCUACCCCGGUGCGAAGGAAACGAGCACAGAAGAAGUAUACCAUCUCGGAUGACGAUGACGAUAUUGAUUAAGUAUGCAAACAAUUUGCAAUACCUAUGGUUUAUCUUUAUAGUAUAUUUUAUCGCUGCAAAACAAUAGGGUCAGACAGUAGCUGUAAUUUGUAAGUUCAGUAAAGCAUCAUCAUCGUGCACCUUAAAAGCAGCAGUUGUGUGAGUUCGCUGCUAUAGCGGCGAACGCAUGACGAAUACCAUUCGCUUUUGUUUAGUUUAGAGAGCAGCAUCAGCAGCAGCAGCUGAUACAUUAGAAUUGUAUUAUCUAUAUUGUACAAUUAAGCAUCAACGCGUUACGUAUUGCAACGAAAGUCGCAUUCAAAAAAUUGCAAAAGAUUAGCUCCCCAUAGACAAACACGUAGAAAAAACAAAUGCUUAGAUUUUGGAAACUCAAACCAUUCAACAACUAAUCCCUUAUCCAGUUCGGCUUGUCGCAGAACUAUUUCUAGAGGAAACUUAUUGUGUGCAUCGGCCAACGAUGGUCAAAUCUGUUCCAUUACGGACAAAUAUUUAUAGAUCUGUUGGUUGUUCGUGCUGCACUACUACAGCGGGAACGUCAUGUAAAGAUAAAAUCGGGAUUUUUUUUUAUUAUUUUUUUCCUUUAUAUAAAUAGUGACAUUGUCAUGCUAUUAUUAUUAACCUUACUGGACACACAUUUACUGGUCGGCUAUAGAUAUUAAUACGUGUAAUGAAAUCAACUGAAAA